AUGCGAGCCGCCGAGCGGUCGCAUCGCGAGAAGAAAAAGCGACGUCAUCGCGUGAGCUUCGAUGACGACUACGAUGACGAGGGCGGCAUUUCGGGCUGGAAACUAGGAAUGGUGAUGGGCGUAAUCGUUGUGUGCUUCGCAAUGCUGUACCCGACCCUAUUCCAUCCGAUGCUCAUGGGAUUUCUAGGUCGAGGACAACAACCGAAGCCGUCGAUCAAUCAGCAACGGCCGCCGAUUCAUCCGGCGAUGGGCGGUGGUCCCGGACCGCGUCAUCCGGGCGCCCAUCCAUCGCGUCCCGACAUGCAUCCGGCAAUGAAAAUGGCGCAGGCGCAAGCUGAAAGCCAUUCGUCCGGAAAGGGAAUGUUCACUUUUCUUCUACCGUUGUACACAGUCGGAGUUGUAAUAUUCCUGCUUUACACGUUAUUCAAAUCAAAAAAUAAGAAAAAGAGGAGGAGGCGUCACGACGGUGCCUACUAUGAUUCAGAAGACGAUGAAGAUUCUGAAGUAGACACGAGAUACGGCGAGCGAUUCAGCAAGAAGAAGCUUCGUGGUCUUCAGGAGCGUCUCCGUCAAACCGAAGAGGCGAUGGCGAAGAUUCUCGAGCAACUCGAGACGGUGCAAAACGGCGGCGACGGUGUCGAUCUCGAACAAUUGGAGCAGCUCGACGAGAACGCCACCGACGCGCAAAAAGCCGACGCCGGUCUCAACGAGAGGAACGAACAAUACAUCAAUGAUCUCGAGGUGGCGCUCAAAGAGUUUCAAGCGCUUUCCAAAGAAUACGACAACGCGAAAAUCAAGAAAGCGCGUGGCGAAUCGGAGUUGGACGAUUCUGAAGUCGAUUCCGACGAAGAGGAGGUAUCGGAUGAGUCGGAAGUCGAAGAGCCUGUGCCAGCGAAGGCUGGUAAAAAGAAGGAGCGCAAGAAUACCACCGAUGAGGAGGAUGAGAAGGAGCAAGAGGAGUUGCAUAAGAGGGAUUCUCCAAUAAGUGAAGAAGGCUUCGACGUCGACACCGCGCUUCUCAACGACUCGCAACCAACGCGGCGUCGCCGAAAACCGAAGAAGAUUUGA